AUGCUCGCGUCGGAAUCUCGAGAUGGUCUUCAGAAACAAUACCUUGGAUCCAAAGUGACUUCCACAGGCAACAUUGAUGAAGAAGGUCGAGCACGUGUUGAUGCGGCAUGGAUGAAAUGGAAAAUGGCAACAGGCGCACUGUGCGACAAGAAAGUCCCUGUUCGACUGAAAUCAAAGAUCUACACGACGUUUGUGCGUCCAGUUGCUCUUUACGGAUGUGCAACGCUAAAAGACAAAGUAUCCAAGUACACACUGCACGCUCCAUCUUCAGUCAUCCCGCUAACUGAGAAAAUGAAGGAGGCGCGACUGAAUAGUUUGGCCACGUCUCGCGGCGAGAAAAAUUCUGUUGCCAAAACCGCUCUGAAGCUCGACGUUUCAGACUCGAGGCCGCGCAGGACGCCAAAGAUUCGCUGGCUGGACCAUGUGAAGUUGGAUAUAAUAGAUGCGCGUUUGUGUACGGCUGAUGCAAUGGAUAGAACCAAGUAG